AUGAACAGAAACUUUAAUUUUUCAUUUUAAGAGCCAAAAUAAAAGAAUUAAAUAACUAAGCUAUUGAAGGAUUAUUAGAGUACACAAAUAUAGUCAUCAUAAUUCUUAAAAAUACUGAAUAUGAUGAUAUUAAAAUAAGAGAAGUGCAAGUCUGAAUUGAUUAACUUAAAAGAUGUCACUCUAUGAAUCUGGUAAAUAACGUACUCGAGAAGGAUUAUCCUUUUAGCAAAUAGACCUUUAUAAAUAUAUUAUUGAUGAGCUGAAAUAGGAAAACUUAGGUAAUAAUAAUAAGUAAAUUUAAAUUAAGAACAAAAAUCAGA